AUGAGGUCGGGGAUUCCCGUUCUCGCAACCUCCUCCCAUCCUCCACACAAUACCCAAUCAACAUCACCACAUUACGGUGCUGCGCGCAGCUCAGUAUCUGCACCUCCGAGCAGAACUCGCGGUCACCCUGCGUGCUCGCGAGCUUAUGUUGCUUCACGGCCACCACUUGUCCGUCCCACAAAACCCCGUAGUGCACCGACCCGUACCCGCCCUCCGCCAAGAAAUUCCGAUCCGAAAACCCGUCCGUUGCCUGUUCGAGCUCGUGGUACGAAAAUACCCUCGGCGGAUUCCCAAACACGGGCGAUUUGUUGUGGCAUAUUGAACAGAGCGGCGGGGGGUCGUGGGGCCCGCCGCCCCUUCUUCUCAACGACAUUAUGUGCCUCAAGUUGUUGCGCGAGUCCGGGCUCGAGUAGGAUAUGCUCGUGGAGCGAGAGCUCGGGAUUUGACUGCCCGUGUAGUCAGAGUCCGUUUGGUCGAACUCGGAUUCUCGGGAAGAGUAGGAUGGUUGUAAGUUGA